AGAAAACACUAAACAUGCACUAUUGAGCAUAAAUUAACUCUCGUGUACUUUGCCUAUAUGUUUAAUGUAUAUUUGUUAUGAUAAUUAUCUCAGUUUCUUGGAACUAUGCUCUUGGGGGGAUCUGAGCUUGCAGAAGCUUAUUUUCAAUGCUGGGAAUGCAAAGAAGAUGUGCUGCAGAAAACAAUUGGUGUCCUCUGGCUGGCACUGAACUGCAGCUGCCCUGGCUGUGCGGGAUAUGGCUGCUGUCAGUGAAAGCAGUUGUAUGCAGCGCACUGCUGGGCUGGCGGCUGCAGCGACCCAAGGGUUUCGUGCAGGAUUUUGGUGAUGUCAGGGAUGCAGGCAGAUGCUGGGAGGACAAAGUGACCACAAGGAGCAAGGUGCAAGAAGCAAGGCACAAGAAAAGCCUGUUCUUUUAACCUGGCUGCCUUUGAAGAAGUGACUCAGACAUCUUCAUGGCCUCUAAAGAUGCACAGAACCAAAGAAGUAGAGACUUGCCUGGCUUUCUUCCUGGAGCUCCAGACCCUGACCGCAGCUUUCACAUCUCACUUCCCAACCCAGGGAACCAAGUGUGGCAGCCAGCUCUCCCUCUGCCAGGCAGUCUCCCUCCUGGUCUAGAAUAUUUAAGUCAGUUAGACCUGAUAAUUAUACACCAGCAGGUGGAGCUACUUGGAAUGAUACUUGGCACAGAGACCUCCAACAAAUAUGAAAUUAAAAACAGCUUGGGACAAAGAAUUUACUUUGCAGUGGAGGAAAGCAUCUGCUUCAAUCGUACUUUCUGUUCCACGCUGCGAUCCUGCACUCUGAAGAUCACAGAUAACUCAGGUCGGGAGGUGAUUACGGUAAACAGACCCUUGAGAUGUAACAGCUGCUGGUGCCCUUGCUACCUGCAAGAGUUAGAAAUCCAAGCCCCUCCUGGUACAAUAGUUGGUUAUGUUGCACAGAAGUGGCACCCCUUUCUGCCUAAAUUCACGAUCCAAAAUGCAAACAAAGAAGAUAUUUUGAAAAUUGUUGGUCCUUGUGCAACAUGUGGCUGUUUUGGUGAUGUGGAUUUUGAGGUGAAGACCAUUAACGAAAAGCUUACAAUUGGGAAGAUUUCGAAGUACUGGUCAGGAUUUGUAAAUGAUGUCUUUACCAAUGCUGACAACUUUGGAAUUCAUGUUCCCGCAGAUCUAGAUGUGACGGUCAAAGCAGCGAUGAUUGGUGCUUGUUUUCUCUUUGAUUUUAUGUUCUUUGAACAUUCACUGGCUGGAUUAUAAUAAGCAAGAUGACAAAAACAAUAAAGUAUGCAAGAAACUAUUUCAAAAUCCCUUGGGCUCUGGAUUUCAUUUCUAAAUGGCUUGAAUAUUUGCUUUUUUGCUAACAAGUUUAAUUAUUAUAUUUAUUAAAGCAUAAUGUAAUGAAGCAAUUAUCUGGUUGUAAAUGCGUGAUAGCUAAAGACAAGAUUACUGGCCCGAGUACAGGGCUGCUUUGAGAGAUUGUCAUUCUUUCUUUUUAAUCCUUUUGAAGUUAUUGCAUGGGUAAGCAUGAAAGAUGAGAACUAAGGCUUGCAGCAUCACUGAUGAAAAUUCAAUGUUUAGAGAGCACUUUGAAGUUUUUCUGGCACUAAGGCUGGUUACUAAUCAAAAGGACUGGAUUUCUAAAAUAUUAUUUCAUGACUAAUCUUUUGACAUUGUUUAUUAAUCUUAUUGUAGUGAGAUUUUCACUUUAUAUCAGAAAACCUGGAUAAAUAAUAUACUUAAAGAUGAGGAGGAAGAUAGAUGAAAUCAAUUUGUUCUAGUGGUAAGGAACUAAUAUUUCCAUAAAGAAGCUAAUAUUUACAAACCAAAGUAUGCUGUAAACACAAAGGCACACCAGAGAUUUAAGUAAGUAUAUAAAUAGACUUCUAAGUUAGUAAAAGCAGUGGUAUAGAGCAGGAACUUUAUCUAUUUAUAGUGAAAGUUCAGUUAAGAAAGGGAUCUGGGGCUCUGAAAAGUGUACUUAUUCCAGGACUUAAAAAUAAGCAAACAAAAACAAAUAAAAACUUAACACAUGAGGCAAAUAUAGAAGUCAGGGCAUACGGUCAAUUCAAUUAAUUAAUGCCUUAUGCUUUAACGUUUUCAGAGUCCCCUAGGUAACUACACCUAGUUAUCCACUCAUGUCCAAAGCCCACCCACAUAAGAAGAAAUUUUCAGAAUUCUUUGUUAGGAAUGAUGAUAGUUCUUCCCUUUUCAAAAUGAGGAAACAGAUUUGUUUUAAACAAAGCACCAUGUAACCAUUUGGACUCUAAUUUAGAAUGAUACAAAUACUACCCAAAUUUCUAUCCACUUAUAAAGGUGUUCAGAGAAACUCCAGGCAAUCCCCUGCUUAGUGAUGGAAAUGUGUUCCAAGCCUAAGUUAAUCAUUUGGAAUUGGGAACCUCUCAUCUAGAAAUAACUCUAUAUAUGUCAGUUAAGUUCCCAAGAUAGCCCACAAAUAGCAAUUUAGUCCAGGGGUUCUGGGGUCAGGGCUUUAGGUUGUAUAAGAUGGAAAGGGGGAAAGAAGCACGUUUUCUGAGAGCCCCCUCCAUUGGCAUGCUUCAGCAAACCAUAAAAGAUCAACUGGUGGAACAGAAUCGUUCAAGCAUUGACCACCAAAAAAUAACCAUGCUUCAAAAUCCCACCCAAUCUUUCUUCUGGUGGUCCCAUCCAUUCUUUCAGUGUCACUAGUAUGACCUGAGUAUUGGAACAAUGCAGUCACAGAAGCAAAUGGCAGUCCUGCGUGUGACAGACAUUGUCUUGAGCCUAGCCCUGCUGUGUGCUAGCCAUGCAUCAGGAGAUCGGUCCUAGAGUCUCAAACUUCUCAGGUCUCCUAUGUGUUACUUUGCAGAGCUUGGUGACAGUUGAGGGGACUGCAGUGUUUCCUCUCUUCCCCUCUCAUCAUUUUAACUAAUGUAUGUGUGACUUAUUCAUAACCAGCUAAAGGAAGUGGCAUUUUUAUGGCUGAUGUUUAUUAACUAAUAAAAUGGAGAAAAUUAGCUGGCAUUUUCUGAGGGCUUAUUACACGUCAGGCACCAUGCUUCAUAUGAAUUCCUGGUGGGGUAACAAAAUGCAGUAAAAACAAAGGAAAAUUAGACAGUAUGUGGAAGACUGCCUGGCGCCCUGUUUUUUCCCCCAAAUUUUCUUCCUAAAGAUGAAUCUGCUUUUAUCUAUUCUUCUUGUACUUUUGAUUUCUAAAGUGAAAGAUUUUUGUAAUUGAGGUCACAACAACAGCAUUUGACACUCUUACUGUGCGGCAAAAUGGGAGAAAAAUGCUACUUAUAAAUAUUAUAUUUCAACAUGACAAAUGUUUGGAUUUUAAAAAAUAUUUAAAUGAUUCCUAAAACUAGUGAAAAGUUUUAAACCCCUACUUCUAAAAAGAGACUCCCUAAAGAUAAAAGGCUUCUUAGGUUAUAGCACUUAUAUCAAAGUUGGCUAUAUUAAAAAAAAACAAAAAACAAAAAAACCUACCGUAACACUUUGCUCCUGAAUUGCACACUACAACAAAUUAAGAUCCAUCUUGUCUCCUCUCCCUCAUUAAAGAUAAAACUGAUCUUUCCAUAUCUUCUGUGCUCUGUUUUUUCCCUUUUCCUUUCCCACAAACAUGAGAGUCCAUGAGAGACUAAUAAGACUUGGCUCUUCAGUAAAAUUUUCAGGAAAAAGCAUGCAGCUCUAGAAUGAGGGUCCUCUGUACAUCACAGUUUUCUGUUUUACUACCUACCUCUCCUUGGCCCCACUACACUCUCAGAACACAGGCUCCAACCCCAUUUAUUCUGAGAUGUACUGGGAAAGAUGUGACCAGCUUCAAAUACCUCCCAUUCAUUCAUUCAGUUAAUAAAUAUAUGCUGACUCCCUCCUAUAUGCCAAAAAUAUGGUACCCCUGCUUUUGGUGGAGCUUAUGGUUCAAAAAGACAUUAAUCCAAUAAUGGCACACACAAAGGUUAGACGUCAAACGUAAGUAUUUAUAGGAGAUAGACAAGGUACUAAGUACAGCAGAGGUAUUUGGCUUGGUCAGGUUGUGAGGGAGUGAUGGUACCAUUAACAUGUGAAGAAUAAGUGGAGCAGAAGGAAGAAUGUGUUUGGCUGAGGUGUUAACAUUUGAAAAAGUUCUGUGAUGGGGCAGGAGAAGGACAUGACAAUCUCAUAUGACUUGAAGAAAGCCAGUGACUAAAGUUUAGAUAGUGAAGGGGAAUAUGGUACAAGAGGAGGAUGAAAAGGGCCAGUACGCCAUGUUAAAGAUUCUAGACUCUGUCUCAUCAGUAUCUGAUGAACAUUCUUAAGAGUUAAUUGGUUAAAGAUUAGAUUGGGAAGAGUGCAGGAAAGGAUGCUCAUGGACCAAUUAGUAGGUUACUAAAAAUAGUUUAGGUGACAGCUAUUGGUAGCUUGGACAUGUGGCACUCGUGUAAAGGGAGAGAAGUGAGCAGAAAUAUAUUUAGGGAGUAAAAUGACCAUUACUUGAUACUGGGUUGAAAUUGAAGAUUAGAGGAAGAAAGGGGAUUUCUGGCUUUUGCCAUUUACUGACAGAGAGAAAUUUAGAAGAGGAUCCGGUUUGGGGAUAAAGAUCCUGGAUUCAGUUUUAAACAGUGAUUUUGUCAUUCCUUUAAGUUUUCCAAAAGGAUAUGUUGAAUAGGCAGGUGGGCAUCUUUUCAGCUAGUGUAUUUCUGAAGAAAGAGAUGAAUAUAUAAGACCUAUGUAUGUGAGGACGCCUGGGUGGCUCAGCAGUUGAGAGUCUGCCUUUGGCUCAGGGCAUGAUCCUGGGGUCCAGGAUCAAGUCAUGCAUCGGGCUCCUUGCAAGGAGACUGCUUCUUCCUCUGCCUGUGUCUCUGCCUCUCUUUCUGUGUCUCUCAUGAAUAAACAAAUAAAAUAUUUUUUUAAAAAAAGACCUAUGUAUAUGGAUGCACAGAUUUCUGAAUAAUCAUGGGUUUACUUCAAGGAUAUCCCUAAAAAAUACUUUAGAAUAUGCAUGGUCAACGAAUGUAUUCAUUUACUUAUAUAACUAAUAUUUUACAGAAUUGUUUCUAUAUACUAGGCAAUAUAUUAGGCAGUGGGGAUAUUAUGCUAAGUGGCAGAUAUUCCUACUCUAAAGAUGGAUGCAUUCAACAAAUAUUUAUGACGUUGUUAUUAUGUACUGGGCAUCUAUGUCAGCAUGAAUUUUCAGCAAGGAAUAAUGCAACAAGGUGCCUGUCAUCUUGGAGCUUAUGUUCUAACACAGAUGGACAAUAAACCAACAGAUAACAAAAAUAUCAUGUAAUCAUAGGUGAUCAUAAAUCCUGAUAAAGAGUCUAUCACUCAAUGUCUAAAACAAUGUUUAAUUUAUUGCUUGCUUAGGCAAGGGAGGGCUGAGUUUGGAAGACAGUUUAUAAGCAAAAGAAAGUCUACAUAGGGUUUUGGAAAAGUGUGAAGUGUAGAAGCUGGAGUGUUAACUUUAACUAUAAAAAUGUGUUUAUCAGAGUAAGACUGUUUCUGACUGGCAGACUCUCAGAAAUGUUCACUGGACUAAAGCUGUGGCUGAUUACUUGAUUUUACAAAAUUGGACUGCAGGGAAUGUUACUGAAUUUUUUUUCAUACAUGUGUGUACUUUUGUAAUCAAUCACUGAUUAAACAAGUUUAAUACUG